UCUAUGUCGGAAGUAAUCGGCGACCCACGAUACGGAAGAAGGGUUUUCGUUUUCGGUUUCUGCGCUUCAUGAAUUUUCCGUUGUCCGUGCGUUGCCAUGUUCAAGAUUCACCGAUAAAUUUAUUCUUGGCUACGCAUAAACGUUUAAUCUCGGAAUCCGGUCGAUCACGAGAUUAACGAAACGGGACAGAAGCGUGUGGUCUGAUCUGUAAUAUUGAGUGACGACGGCCACCUUGAGCCUCGGCGCUUUAAAAAUCGUCGAAAGGCCCACGGUCACACGCGCGACAAAGGUAAGGAUCCUACAUUCGACACAUUCUCGACAGUAUUUAUCUUUUGCAGCAGUCCGUACGUUGAAUUUCGCAAGAGUUUCAGUUCACCAUUCUUCACGUUGAUUUCCAGUAAUACUUUUUAGUUUAUUUUAACCUCGAGACGUUCACAAGAAUAUUCUAACUAUCAUAACUAAUGCAUACUUGCGCUACAGAUUAAUCGUAACUGCUACUUCAAUUAUUUUCUUUAGUCUGUUCUCGAUGUAUAUUAAUUUUCUGCAAAACGUUUGUUUUCUGCAAUCGUUCUGUUUAGAUGUUCUGCAUAUAGUGUGCAUCUUUGAUUGUAUGAAAUAUAUUUCGUUGAAAUUAACAUAUUUUAUCAGAUUCUAAUAAAAAGCAGAUUGUAACAAUUUGUUGUAACAAAGUUAUUCUAUUAUUGAAUUUCCAUAGGAUUUCAUAUUUACAAUUUAUUUGACAACUUCCUCCUGGAAAGUUACUUAUAUUUCCUAUUACAGAAAUGAGAAUUGAAAUAAAUCUUAGGACCCAGUUGUAUCACGAUUCCUGGGAAAUAUUGUAGUUCAAAUCUUUAAUUACAAACUUGUAACACGUCUUAUCUGAUAAUUGUUUUAUCAUUGACGAUCGCUUAUCAUUAGUUCUAUAUAAUUUUUUUCUAUCAUCUACUCACGUUAGUAUUAUCAUGAAUUUUAGCUUGAUACUACCUCACGUCUAAAGAUGAAGAACUGCUUUAGUCUUUCGUUUUUCCCCCUGAAUGCUUUCCACUUCCUUCAUUCAUCUCAUCUCUCCAUGUGCCCACAUAAGACAUUCUUACAGGUUGAAAGUCCGUUCGUUAUAGUUUCUAGUGCAGUACGAAAACGGUUUACGGUUUGCCGGUAUUUAUUAGUUUGUGUUGUGUUCGAAAAGUUUGGAUACGUAUAAAAGCAAAAAGUUCCGCGUGAGAAAUCCCGUCUCGAUUAACAGUACGUAUCGUAUAUGUGAAAAGAAGUUCAGUUUAAGUAUAAAGUACAAAAAAGUUUGUUGGUAAAAGAAAGUUUUCAACGUGAUAUAAAAAGUAUGUUCGACGCGGUUUGGAUUGCGAUUCGCGUUGUGCCAUCAAGAGCAAGUACUGCACAGGCUCUUAUCGACACAGGCUAGAGUAAUUCGUCAUGUCAGACUCUGGUUCAGAGAGCUCCUCUUCGGAGGGUUACAACGGAAGGAGGAACCGCGUUACUUCGGUUGACAAUGUGGCAUCGCCGAACUUCUCGCAUCGUUCAUCGGUCUCCGGGCUGAAAUCCCCAGCAAGCUCGAUUUCCUCUAGAGGAAAGUCGCCCGGGUCUGUAUUGUCCGAAAGAGAUUUGAAAUCUCCAGGGUACACACCGAUAUCGCCGAAAUCUCCUAGAUCCGGCUUGGCGUCUCCGAGCGAGAUCACAUCACCAAGAUCGCCUAGUAGUAUGUCAAAAUCACCGCCGGCUUCGCCAAAAUCGUAUCGUUCGGGAAUCAAUUCAUUGGGAUCGCCCAUGGACUGUAGCUUGUCUCGUUCUCCCGUGCAAGACGAAAGAUCGUGUCCACCGUCUCCCAAUGACCUCAAGUCCUUGCAUCUCGAAGACGGGGAGCCCAAGCAGUUCGAAUUGGAAGUGGAUGCGCCGAGAUCCCGAGAGAACUCUUUGAAAUCUUAUUCUUACAAGAACAGCGGAUCCAGGCAGAGUUCGCCGAAAUCUCCGAGGUCUGGACGUAGCUCGCCAAAAUCGAUUAUGUCCGCGAGGAGUUCGCCUAAAUCGUGUCCAGCGUCCCCAAUGGAUUAUCAAGAGUCGGAGAAACGCUCGCCGCCGCGUUCUCCGCCAGCGAAAGCAGAUUCGUUCAACGAAUUGGACGGUGAACAGAUCUCAGACGGAGAUAUCGAAGACGAGCCCGAAUCGUUGAGCAAAUCUAAACCUGCUCCGAUCACGCACGGAGAAGAUUUGUCGGACGUUUCCGAUCUGGAAAGUAUGGACGGGGUCGACGAUGCUAAUGAUCAUGAUGCUAUACUGAAAGAAAAUCAACAGAACGAAGAGAAACGUUCGAAAAGCGAUAAAAUAGAGAAGGAAGAUAAAAGUGCGACCGUCGGGUUGGCUGAAGAGAACGAACAGCUGGAUUUCGAAGCUGAUGGCCAAUGGAAAGAUGAACGCGACGAAGGCGAAACAGAGGGGUCGAUUAUUAAAGAAAAUAAAGAUAAGGAUGACAAAGAUGGGAAGGAUAAGGACAAAGACAAGGAUAAAAUAAAGUCGAAGGAAGGCGGUGAAGGUAACGACAAGGAGGAGGGCGAAGAAGACGGUGAGAAAGUAGAAUCUGAAUUGGAGGAAGGAGAACUUAGCGACGGCGACGAUGCACGACCGGAAGAAACGGAACCGAGACCCGUUUGUCGGUUUUACAACCGAGGCCAAUGCACCUGGGGAGUCAGUUGCAGAUUUUUACACCCGGGUGUAACCGAUAAAGGUAAUUAUACCAUGUUCGAUAUGGUGAGGCCGAUGGCGUAUCCACCGCAUGCGGCUCCUCCGCACGAGUUCAGACCACACAUCGAGAGACCCAACAUGGGACGGUCGAUGCCUGGUUACGGUGCACCGCAACAUACUCCGAAGAUAGAAGAACUUCCUACCGAGUCAGCGUGGGAACGCGGGUUGCGACACGCUAAGGAAAUGAUGCGGAAAGCGAACAAACGUAAAGAAUCAGACAUGGACUUUGAGGAGAAAAAAAUGAACUUGAGCUUAGGGCAAGAUGAAUUAGAUAGAGAAGCCGGAUAUUACGUGAGACCGGCGAGCCCGGAACCACCUGUUGAAAGAUGGCCACCUAGAGAAGCACCUAGGAGAAUACCACCACCGAGAAUCACGCCAGAAAGAUAUAUCGAAGAACCAGAUCCGUAUUAUGCUCCGCCAGCAGCACCUCCAGAAUAUUAUAGGAGGGUACAUUAUAAGGGUGAAUCCCGAGUUAGUGCAACCGAGUACAGGGAGCGCAUCGACUAUCACGCGAUACCUCGCGGUGCCCCACAUUCCGUAUCUCCACCGCCGCAUACGAGGGAGAGGGAAAGGGAAAGGGAGCGUGAACGCGACAGGGAACGGGAGUAUUACGAGAAAUACGAAAAGAAACAUAAGCGCCCGUCGAGAGAAGUUAUCGUCGAGCGUAUCCCACCGACGAAACCCUGGCGAGAAGAAGAACCGCCGCCGGAGGAAAGAGGAAGAGGAGAUGAAUGGGCAGAUCCUUGGAUGCGUCGGAAGUCUCCGAGCACAGUACGACGGAACACGUCUUCCCGGCGAUCGCGAAGACAGUCUUAUUCAUCGGGAUCUUCAUAUUCGUCGACCAGUUCUAGCCGUAGUUCGAGCCGCUCUAGCUACAGUUCUUACGACUCCCUAUCCAGGUCCCGUUCACCAUCCCCUCCCUCCAGAAACCGUGGUGCCGGCAAAGGGAAGGCAGUGGUCACAUCGCCAACCUCUAAUCCUCCGGCGGUCGCAGCUGCCGCGCCUCAACGUGGUGCCAUGUUAAUGAAUCCACCCGCUCCCUCUCCUCGUCCACCCAAAGGUUCCAUCUCACCUACGACUGGCACGCUGCAUCGACGCGCUGGUUUAAACCCACCAGCUCCGAGUCCGCUCUCUUCUCAUCAGCGUCAUCACGAGAAGUCAAGGGACAAGGCGGCGUUGGCAGCGGCUGCAGUAGCGAAGGUUAUCAAAAGCCGAUCAAGAUCAAGGUCUUCGCACAGUAGUUCAGGAUCGGAGAGCAGCGGUAGUAGUAGCGAUUCCAGUGAAUCGAGUUACUCGUCUUCUUCCAGCGAGACUCGUCGCAGAAAGGGUUCGACACCGCCGAUCACCCGAAAAGAUUCGAAGGGUAUCGACGCUUUGAAGCUUAGCGGCACGAAGCAACAGAUCAAGCUCACGUUGAAAUCAACGAGCAAUGCAUCGACCACAAAAAAGAUCGACCGAUCCGCUUUAAUGGCCGGUAAAAAGAGAGCGCUAGAGUCCCCGCCGUUAAUCGACAGUAAAGCAAGCGUCGCCGCUGCUGCAGCCAAGGCUGCGAAAAAAGCGAGUUCCCGCAGGGAAGAGUUGUUGAAACAACUGAAAGCCGUGGAGGACGCGAUUGCCCGUAAGAGAUCGAAAGUUUAAUAGCUCGUGUUCUUCGUUGCUUUGGAAACAAGUAUGUAUACGCGCAACCGAUAAUGCGUACAUUUUCCGGAUAUAAUUCUGUAACUAUCUAUUGUAACGUAGCCCACGAUAUGAAGACAAAAAAGGAAAGUUCAUAUCAGAGAGAAAAAGAUAUUUCUCUACUUUCCUCAUUUUUUUUAAUCACGACGAUAGUCGUAUAAUUUUCAUUGUUCAAUCUUUGUUCUCGUUUACAUAUACAGAGUGUUCGAUCUGAUAGUGGAAAAACUGAAAGAAUUAACUCUAAGAGUGAAGAUAAAGCUUUUGAAAUCACACUUUAAAUUCGCUCACGCCAGAAGCCGAACACCGUGUGUCUACAUAAAUCUAAAACUGCAUCGCCCAUUAGCUUGUUCGUUGAAUCAAUUGGAAGUCGCAAAACAUUGCGCGCUUACAUAAACGUAAAAAACUUUGACGUUGCACAUGUUCCUAGAGAUAAUUAUCAUAGCGACUUGUAAUGAUAAUGGAUAGAAAUGAAGCCUGUGCAAACUAUAAAACGACGUCUUCAAACUGCCAAAUGUACGGGAAUAAAAAUAUGUAACGUAUUUAUUUACGAGGUGAUUUCGUCUACUUCGAUGAUGGUAAUGAGUUCGAGCUUUUAAAAGUAGAUGCAAGACACGGAUAUUCGGUGAUACGUAAACGACGAUACAGUAUCGUAUCGAGAGAAAUCUCUUCCUUUUUUUUUUAGUUCUAUUAACUUACAGUCAUUACAUUCGCACUCACUAUCGUAUUAGCAUUAUUACUUUACUUGUGUCGAUUAAAGAUAUAUGAAUUUGGACAUUCACAUUGGAGAUUUCGUUAAUGGAACAUCAGAUGUUAUCCAACGCGUGCAUAUUUUCCAAUAGCUGUCUUUAUGAUACAAAGAUUCCUCGUCGAUAUCCGCGGGAUAGCUGACGAUUAAAGUAAUUUUACCACACGUAGACAGCGGAUAAACUUAGUAUAAAAAUUGAAUAAGAAACAAAAUGUAUUCUUUCAUACAGAAUCCAAUGCUCUACUGUAAGUUUCCUUUUUCAAGACGGGUGUAAACAUAAAAGUGACGCAAAUAUAAAAUUUGAUAAUCGAUCAAGAA